AUGGCCUUCACCAGGUCUCCUGCCGCCUACCUGGCGUUGCCUGUAAUGUUCUUUCUCUUCCUGAGCUUCUCAUCCUUUCAGGAUUCCUUCGAUGAUAUUGAGCUUACAGAAAAGCUUUUCAUAUUUCUACGUAGGCAACCUUGUCCCCAAGGUGUGAUCUCGAGAGCAGACCUAUCUGGAACCAGAGCCAAGUUGGUUGGAAAAAAGGCUGUGGAACACAUGUUGGAUCCCAAGAGGAUCAAGGUGGUCCACAGGAAGUUCACAAGACCUACUGUUGGGGCGGGGAAGCCUACUUACCCUACUACAGAACGCGAAUUGGGAGCUAUCGGCUUCUACUUUGAUCGGGGUGAUCAUACGCGUGAAAUUGCCGACACUAGACCGACUGCGAAGCCCGGUGAUACUAGGACCGCCAACAUCUUUCACUGGCAAGCAGCUUCGCAAGCCAAAUCGUUGUCGAACCAAUCUUGGAUCUGA